AUGAUUGUCCGCGACAUUGUCGAACGCCCAACCGCCAACCCGAGCGAGCCUAAGAGCACUCCUCUCCCUCCCCGGCCACCAGUCGCGGGGACAUCCAAACAUGGGUUCCCUCUCGCGGGGCAUCGCUCGACGCGUCCUGCCCCCACCUCAGCAUUUGCGCGCUCUCGCAAGGACGAUGCUACCCGUGCCUCUGGUGGCCUUGCCACUGGCGAGGGCCGCCUAGUCGACACUGUCCCUCAAGUCAUGGCCGUCGCAGACGCGUCCCAACGCGCAGGCGUCGAGGCUGCCGCUCGGUUCGCCAGCAUGACUGACAAGGAGCUCAACUCAGAGGCCGCCGAGCUCAAGCAGCAGCACCACGGUCUUGACUCUUUGGACCUCUUGAACAAGCGCCGCGCCUCCCUCUCCGAUGUUGGACCCGCUCGCAUCGCUGCGCCCUCCGAGACCGAUAAGCUGCGGGCUGACGUCGAUGCCGCGAAUCGCGAGAAGCUGCAACACAUGAGCGCUGCGGACGUCGCUGAAGAAGUCCAAGACCUCCAGGACCGCUUUGACCCGGCUCUGCUUGCCAGGCUGCGCGCCCGUGCUGCCGGACGUCUCCAGAUGACGCAUGGCGCUCCCUCAGCCGAAACCGCGUCGCCCAUCACGCCAGCCGCUGUGGCAAGCACCUCGUCGUCGGAACUGCAGCACUCGUUACCGCACUCUUCUCAAUCCGAGUCUGAGCCAGAGCCCCACAUCAAGCAGCGUCGGCGAUCCGUUCGUUUCCAGGACGACGAUCUUACACCCAACGAGCUGCGCCAGAAGUACUUUCCCCAUGCGCCCCCCGACGAGGCCAAGCUGGAAUGGAUGAACGCGAGCGCCAACCCGACGGGUGCAUCGUCAUCGUCUGACCCCAACGCUCCUCGAUUUGACCUCAGUGGCACUGUGCUCACCGCUGAAGCUGCGGCGGCCCUACCCACCCACCUCGGUCUGCACCACCACGGCGACCAGCCUGACCUCGCCGGAUACACGACGACCGAGAUUGUCCACCUGUGCUACUCGACUGUCGCCUCGCAGCGCAUCACCAUGAUGGGUGUGCUCUCAAAGCUCAUUGUGCGCGCCCGUGCUGCCGAUGAGGCAAAGAGCCAGGAGCCGUGGGUGGUGUCGUGCCGCGAGGACGACACUAUGGCCAAGGGCAUCGAAGUGGGCUCGUCGGUGCUUGGAUCGCACACCCGCAGUGUCGGCGUCCUCGUAGCCGCUGUUGAUCUCCUGUUCAACGCCCUUGGCGGCUACGAGUGGGCAUGGAUGGACCCCGAGGACGCCCACGCUGUGCCCUUCCGCCCCGAGCCCAUGAAGGACGGUGAGCCGACCGGUGUGGCGGCCGUGCCCUACGACGAUAUUGCUCCUCGCCUCAAGGAGACGCUCGGUCUUGAUGCCGGUGACUUGCCGCCAGCAACCCUCGAGCAGCUUCUCCGCGUCCUCCAGCGUGGCGCUCUCAACUCGCCCACUGGAGCCGAGACUGUGGCUACACUCGUCCCCACCGUCGUCAAGGCACAUGUUCUGCGUGCGGCUUGGCCACUCGACCCUGCCCGUCCUCCCAACAGCCUCGCUCUCCGUCUCCUCCACGACGUCACGGCCUCGUCCCGGGUCGCUGCCGAGGCCCUCGUCACCACGAGCGUCUACGAACCACUCCUCAAGUUUGUCGCAUCUGACAUCCCAGACGAUGCUCAGGGCCGUGCGAUUGUCCUCGAGGUGCUUCGCAUCUUUUACACUCUGGGCCGGUACGGCCUCUCGGCCUCGAUCGCGACUGCCACGCGUGAGAUUUGGCAGCACCUCGGCAAGUGGGUGACGGAGCAGCUGGCCAACCCGACGCCCAACUCGGCUCCCAUCGUCUCGGCAUACUUUGACCUGCUUCGCGUCUGGACGGUGUGUGCUGUCGACCCGCACCGCACCACCCCCGAGCACGACUUUACUUGGGCACAGGCGUCGGCUCUCCAGUGGGUCGACGAAGAGCUCACCGCUACCCAGACCCUUCUGGCCACAGAAAGGUGGGGCGAGCUCGCGUCCGUCUUGUCCGCGCUGGUCGAGUACGUCGUCGGCGUGGAUAUCAACGGCGUGCGCCACGGUGAAGAGGAGAAGCGCUACGUCUUGGACGCCCUCACCAAGAUGGACAUUAUCGGCAGCCUCCCAGGCCACGUCCAUCUCACCCCCAAGCACGACGAAGGCCGUGUCUCCUUCAACGAGUUUCUCACCCAGAUCUUCCGCCUGCACAACCUCUUCCGAGUCUCCGGCAUGGCCCUCCUCGAGUACCCCGAGCGUGAGCGGUACCUGUGGUGGUUUGCCGCCACGACCCAGACGAAAGAUGUCAACCUCCGGUGCGCGUUCCUCGAGACUGCGCGCCUCGACAAUGUCCUUGACGUGCCCAAGUGGGCCACGUCAGUGUUCGACACUAUCAUCAGCUGUACGCAGGGCGAUGAGCCGCUGGCACUCCAGCUCGUCGACGACGUCUUGCGCGCCGACUGGGUCGCUGCCAGCGUCAAGGGUUCUGAGGCUAUUGCCGGUAUUGACCACAAGGACGGGCUCCAGAUCCUCCGUCCGCUCUUGCACCACUCCAUUCUCCCAGACCUCGAGGGCGUGCUGGCUCCCACUCGCCCAUCACACCUCUACCUCAAGGCGAGCGGCACCCUCCGCCCACUGCAUGCCCCUACCGAGGCUGGACCCGGCCUCCCGCUCGCUCCAGACUGGGUCUUCUCCCCACUCGACGAGCUCCUCCAGUCUGGCUCGAGCCCGGCCUUCUCCCUCGCCCCGGCAGACUGGGACGCGACCGAGACGCAGCUCACGCGUGCGACGCUUGCCCUCGGCCUCGUGGACGCUAGUGUCACCUCGUCGACUGUGCCACGCUCUCUCACGCUGCUCAACUGCAUGAAGGUUUUCAUGCUCGAGCACGGACAGCAGGACGCGCCCAAUGCCGAAAACGACGUCUUCCGCGAUACAGCCGUGUCAGCCAGUAUCAAGCAAAUCCUCGACAGCCAGAUGGGACCGAGCACGUUCCUCCCCGUCUCACCACACGCCCCGCUCGAGUCUGCCGCGCUCAAUUUCCUCGGCCCCGGUGUGCCCUUCUUCCAGUUCUACACCGACCUGCACGCGCUGUACGAGUCUGUGUCGUUUGGCGACAACCAGUUUGGCCGCGUCCUCCUGCCUCCCCUCGCCAUGAACUAUGAUGUCGACUACCGCCGUCUCUUCUGGUCCGAGCAGGCCGGUGCCAUCCGGUCCAUUAGGGUCAAGGACAAUGAGGUGCCCCUGGAAAGCGGCAAGGUGGACGUGUACUUUGCUCCACUCGAGACCGACGAGCAGGUGCUCACGGGCCAGGCGCGCGCACUUGUCGGCGUGCUCAGGCAGGAGACGCACCCUUUCCUCUACUGCUUGGCAGUGCAUCACCUUGCAGGGCUCCUGUGGCGCACCGACGACGAGGAGCGGACCAGCCUGCGCGUUCAGUUGCUUGUGGUCAUCCUCUCUUCGGCGCAGGACAGCACGCUCAAGAGCAUCGUCCAACACGACUUGGACAACCCCACGGCUACCGUUGGCGACGACGAGGUCAAGGCCCGCGUUGACGUGAUCACCAAGCUCGCUGGACCGCGCGGUGCUCAGCGCCUUGCUGCUGCUGGAUUCUAA